GCCACGGUGGCCGUCGUCGACCAGGCCCGGCGGAAUCCGCGUUCACGAUUUAUCGAUUUGGUAGAUCGCACGCCAUCAGACGUGAUGGUGGCGAUCGUAAUCGCCGUUCGAACGGCGAUCGGGAGCGUGUCGGGUUUAAAAUUUCAAAAAUGUCCAACAUACGAUUCAAGCGGGACGGCCGUGACUAUCUAAUGCCAGCGAUACGUCAUAUCGGACCGGACGGCGAACUGUCCGCGUUUCAUAUCUUAACGAGCCGAUUUAGAUCGGUUGUCCCGCGAUAUAAACUGGACGCUCCGUUCGAUCAUCAUGCGCGUAGACUGUUUACCAAACACUCGUGUUUGGUUAUGUUACUUCUUACGCCAUAUGAAUAGUUUGUACGGUCGAUAUUCUGGCCAAUCUCCCAUCGAUAUAAUAUACAACGCUUUUUAAAUUUAUCCUCGGAUAAAAUCCUAUCGCGUUUUAUGAGGAAACAAAAGUAUGUCCUAUUUCCUAUAAUUGAAUUAGAGAAGAGAGAAGAAAGAGAAAAAUGAAUCUGCCGAAACAUUACUAUCCAUAAAAAAUGGUGGAUAUCCAUCGGUUGAUGAAAUUAAAACGGAAAUAAUCAAUGACGAUACGAUGGACAUGGAUGAGCAGCAUAUUUCGAAUCACUCAAUGGAUCAACAAAUGGAUACUGAGGAACCUGAACCAAUACCAGAACUUGGACCAGCAGCUCUUGGUUUACAAAGAGUAGGCACUCAACCACCUGCCAAACCGAAUCCCCCGACACAACCAGUGCAAGUGUUAAACCGCAGAGGAAUGCCUGCAAGAAUUAGGAAAAAAAACAAGUUAUUCUAUGAUGAUGUCUUAAUAAAUCAUCCACAUCAUAGGAUCAAGAAGGAUCCAUUGAAUGUAGAGACAAAACAGUCUCCUAAAAAGAUGUUACGUCCAUCACCAUUGAAAAGACACACCAAGAUAUUGAAUGAACCGAAAAAAAGUACAAGUUUGUCACAACCAACAACUCCCACAACUACUCCUAUCAAGCAGGAGAAGGGACCUGAUAAGUUGCCACAACCUACAUCACCAGAUCGAAAAAUAGGACAGAAAAUUGGUAUGAGACUGAGAAAUUUAUUAAAGCUGCCAAAGGCGCAUAAAUGGGUCUGUUACGAGUGGUUUUACAGCAAUAUUGAUAAGAUAUUAUUCGAAGGCGAUAACGACUUCAUGAUAUGCCUGAAAGAAUCAUUUCCACAAUUGAAAACUCGCAAACUUACACGUGUGGAAUGGUGUAAGAUUAGAAGAAUGAUGGGCAAACCACGAAGAUGUUCACAAUCAUUCUUUGAAGAGGAAAGACGCGAACUGGAGAGAAAACGGCAAAAGAUACGGAUGCUGCAGCAGAGGAAAACAGCAGACAUAAAUAGCUUCAAGGAUUUGCCAUCUGAAAUACCGUUGCAAUUAGUAAUUGGUACAAAAGUGACAGCGAGAUUGAGGAAACCUCAAGAUGGUUUGUUCACUGGAAGCAUCGACGCCGUCGAUACUAGCAAUAAUACCUAUAGAAUCACGUUUGAGAGAGCUGGACUAGGAACGCAUAGUGUUCCGGAUUAUGAAGUUUUGUCGAACGAAUCACCGGAAACGAUCAGCGUUGCAUCGUUUGCUCAGAAAUUCAGACCGCGGCCUUUACAAUACGUACCUUCGCCGCCGUACACAAUGAAACUAUCCCCGCGAUUAACUAACGAUCCUUUGAUAUCCAAUGCAUCUGUGUCCAUACCGAAGAAACCGCAUAUUGGUGGCACAAUGAACGGUUAUCCAUUGAAAUUACUCGAACUUAUGGUAAAGGUGAAUAAGAUACUUGCAAAUAAAAAGAUUAAAAUUAAAAAAUUGAAAGAAAUGAAUGGAGAAGCUGAAAAGAGACGUUCGUUCGGAGAAUCGUUACCUCCUGAUUUUGAAAGAAGAUAUGCAGGAAUUGUCGUCGAAUUAGAAAGAAUGAAUGGAGCCCUACAAGAUUUUUUGAACGAUAUACAAGAAUUGUGUCAGGAAAUGGCGCCCGAACCUAGCGUGGCGGCGAUGUUAGCCCCAUCGCAUCUCCGAGAAAAAUGUAAGCAAGAAGCGGCAGACAUGGUCGCUAGAAAUAACAUGAUAAAUGACAAAGCACCAGGAAAGAUGAAUCAAUUGGUGACGGAUUUGACUGCGCUGAUGUUACAAGUAAAGAGCUUAUCAGAUUCUGAUCGAAAUGCAUAUGAGCUCAAAGUCUUGCAAGGUACUAUGGAGCAGAUAAGAUCAAAACUCAGUCCACAGAAUCAACAAGUGUUUCAAAACUGUGUAGAAAUUCAUAUGCAGCACAUUCAACUAGGCCUAGGACAAAUGGGUGCUUUAACACCGUUUAUGGCUCAAAGAACUUGAAAAAGUAACUGUUUAUACAUACAUUAUAUCGUACAACAUUUUCAUGAAGCGUAUAAUAGUACAAUUGACAAACAGUACACAGGCGAUCACAUGGCACCAUAAUUUUCUAUUAAAAAAAAUCUGAUUAUUUUCUCCUCUUGUAUAGGCCAUAUUAAUAAUAUAUUGUUAUGUAAAUUAUAUGUCUACACAAUAUAUAGGAUCUAAGCAAUUAUAUUAGUUUUGUAUAUACAGAAUGUAUCUAUUCUCUUCAAUUUCACAACACAUGUGAAAUAUUUACAUUAGACAAAAACUUGUAUAUCGUUGAAUAUUAUUGAACAUGUUAAGCAUCUAAGAAUGUUCAUGUUUCAGAUUUUUACAUACUGUAUGUAUAAUUCUAUUCUAGAUAUAAACAUAAGCAACAAGGAAUUAUUAAAUUGGAUGCAACACGUGUAAAUAUAUUUGAGUAGCAAAAAUUAAAUUCUGUGAAAUCUGAAAAGCUUCCUAAGCUUUUAUAUAGUGGUAUAGAUUUAUAUAGAUAACACAAAAAAA